AUGUCAUAUUUCGAAACAUUUAUAAAUACGGAUACAAGGAGGUUCAACCUCAUGAAGCGUAAAAGAGAGCAAGAUGAUUUGCAACAUAAGAGACAAAUAAUUUAUGGGUUGGAAUGCCAAUACCAACAUCUUUCACAGAGUUUAUGGUUACCCGUUGAUCAGAAUAUUCAACAUGCUGAAAAAUUAAAGAUACUUGGUUUGCGAAUAAUGGGUUAUACUUUACUGCCUGAUGAACCCGAAUUAAAAACAUGUAAGAUCAGAAUUUAUCCAACACCAUCUGAAGCUAUGAAACUUUGUGGAAAGCAUACACUUCGAGAACCUGUGGAAAUUGCAGAUGGCAGAAUCAUUUGUUGGGAAGAAGCAAGGUUAAGGUAUUAUCAUUUUCAAGAUGAACUGCGUAGUUUACCGCAAAUCGAACGAAGGGAGGAAAAUCAUCGGAGAGCAGUGGAAAGAGAAAGAUUUGCAAGAGAAUCUGGUGAUGUAUAUAUUAUAAAUGACGACGAUGAUGAGGGAUUUUUACUUGAUCAACAUCUAAAAACUGAUAAACAUAAAACCAACAAACAUAAAGCCAAAGGAAAUCCACAAGAAAUUAAUAAACCGGCUCCUAAUAUUAAUACUUGUCGAGAAGAACGUGAUGCAAUUAAUAUAGAUUUAAUUCACGCUUUAACUCGAUCUAAUAUCCCACUUGAGAAAGUUGAUAAGCUUAAACCAUUUUUCUUGAA